UCUCACUCAUCCUCUCUCUCUCUCUCCCUCAUACACACGCACCACUUUCACACAUUUCGCACAGACUGUCCUUAAAGGGCCUUGACGCCCAUUGUGUAUGCAGGCAGUUGUGUGUUGACUGAGCUCUGAGUCAGACUAGCCUUCAGCUUUAACGGUCUGUGGAAGUGAAGACACUUCCUCAUUACCAGCUCUGACACAGCGUGAGGGAAGCGGUUUCACGGCACACCAUCACUCCCAUCCCCCACAGCAGCGGCUGUCACCACCUCCCACCGGCUCCGCUAGCAACUGUUAGCAACUGCACUGCACCUUCCCGGCAGAAAAUUCCCAAAAAGCUGGCAUUUCCAGAGGCAUUAUUCCCACACCGUUCCCAGCAGCAGCAGCAGGUGGAAGAGAACGAGAGGACAAGAAAGGAGGAAACGGAGGAGGAGGAGCGUAGCAGCCGGGAUUAGCUGCGUCACAGCCCAGCGUCCACCAAACGAGUGAGGCAGACAGGAGGAAAGGGGGCCGGCCCAUAGCACCGCUCGAGACCGUGAGCGUGCGCCACAACGCGACAGAGCAUCACUCCGCAGAGAGGAAACAACACAGUGAGAGAAAGAGAGAGAGAGAGAGAGAGGGAGAUCUGGAGAGACUACGAGGAGGAAGUGACCGUGUGAAUAAACAGACCAACUACUCACAGACCAGCAGCCCAGUUUGUGAGAAGAAAGAAGAGAAGAGGAGAGAAGAGACAGACAGAGAGUGAGAAAGAGAAAGAGAGAGAAAGGCAUUAUCCUAACCAGUCCACCUUCGACGGAGACCAUGUGUCAGGGAAGCCUGCAGCGGCAGACGGCGCGGAGCUUGGGGAAAUGGUGAGAUGCUGCCGGCCUAUACAAAGCCGGCCGUCCUGCUACAACCUCCACAGAGUCAGGGUUGAUGUGCGGCGCCUCCGGCCGCUGGCCUCCACCUCCGCCUCCGCAAGGGGGGGCGCCGCGGGGGAGUCGGGGGCCAGCGCGGCCCAGGGGGGGGGCACCGGUGUCAACCCCCGCAGCCGCUUCAGGUUGCAGUUCCCCCAGUUGGCCUUGCGGCGACGCCUGGGCCAGCUGAGCUGCAUGUCCCGGCCCACAACCCGCCUGCGCUCAUGGCCACUCUCCUUCCUCUACUACAUCCUGCCCUUCGCCGCGCUCAAGCCCCUGGCCAAGGUGGGCUGGCGCCCCACCAGUAGGGUCGCCCUCUAUAAAACCAUCCCCACGCGGCUCCUCUCUAGGGCCUGGGGUCGGCUGAACCAGGUUGACCUGCCAACCUGGCUCCGCAAGCCCAUCUACAGCCUCUACAUCUGGACCUUUGGGGUCAACAUGAAGGAGGCAGCCGUGGAGGACCUGCACCAGUACCGCAACCUGGGCGAGUUCUUCCGACGCAAGCUCAAGCCCCAGGCGCGACCAGUGUGCGACUCCCACUGCGUGAUCAGCCCAGCCGACGGGAAGAUCCUGCAUUUUGGGCGUGUGAAGAACUGUGAGGUGGAACAGGUGAAGGGCGUCACCUACUCUCUAGAGACGUUCCUUGGGCCACACACAUGGGCUGAGAGCAUAGCUCUGAACAGGAACGAAGACGACCCAACCAAUUUCCAGGACAUCCUGGUGACGAAGGAGGGAAACGCACUCUUUCACUGCGUGGUGUACCUGGCUCCAGGGGACUACCACUGCUUCCACUCCCCAACAGACUGGAGGGUAGCCCACAGAAGACACUUCCCUGGGUCCCUGAUGUCUGUAAACCCCGGCGUGGCCCGCUGGAUUAAGGAACUCUUCUGCCACAACGAGAGGGUGGUGCUCAGCGGGGAGUGGGCUCACGGCUUCUUCUCCCUCACCGCCGUGGGUGCCACCAACGUCGGGUCCAUCCGCAUCUACUUCGACAAGGAGCUGCGCACAAACCUCCCGCGCUACAGCAAAGGCUCCUUCAACGACUUCAGCUACGUCUCCAACAACAACCAGGAGGGCAUCAGCAUGCGCAAGGGCGAGCACCUGGGCGAGUUCAACCUGGGCUCCACCAUCGUCCUCCUGUUUGAGGCGCCAAAAGACUUCACGUUUAACCUGAAGGCGGGCCAAAAGAUCCGCUACGGAGAGCCCCUGGGGACAAUGUGAGGCCUUGGAUGUUGAGAACACAGGGGAGUCUGAAAAAACCUGGAUGGGACACAAGAAACGCGUGUGGACAUGAGAGAGGGGCCAGCAUCGACAAGUCUAACACACCAUUGAAAUUAACACAGAUUUUCACACACGGUUACAAACGUCACUUAAACUGAAGUUACUACACAUGCUGUUCACAGAUGCUGACACACACACACAAACACACACACAUACCCAUACCCAAACACACACAUAUACACACACAUUCCCAAGCCACCAUGGUUGCAUUAUAACCACUAGGACUCCCCAUCCAUUUCUGGAGAUUUUCUGUAAUCUGCUGAAAGGUUUUUUUUUGUUGUUGUUGUUGUUGUUUGUGAUUUUCAUGUUUAAAGGAAGAGGGAAGACUAUCUAGGUGUGUUGGGCUGUCUGGUUAACAUAUGAAUGCCAUCCAGCUUUUUGGUUUAACCUAUUUUUCUAUCUUUUUUUUCUCCACCCAUAUUGCCUUUUGUCAGGAGAGGGGGUUAUCUAUUUUAUGUGUUGGAGGAUUGUCUGAAGUUUUCAGAUGAAAUGAUGAAAGCAAAAACAAACAAAAAAAAAACCAACGAAUAGAAAAACACCUCUUCACAUUUACUUGCAUGUGAAUAGGACUUUAGAACUAACCCUCUAACACACACACAUAAGUACUCGGUAGAAACCGAUUGGUGGAAUGUACCAUGCGGAGACAACCAGCCUGGUUUUGUUCUGCUCUUCCCAUCUGUUUUUUCCAUUCUCUUUCCUCCCUCGCCCCCCAUGUGUUCUGUUCUGUGUCCCCCUUUCACCCUCUAUCUGUCCCCACCACGGGGAGGCCAGCUAGUGGACCUGUAGGGAAUCCGCUUCCGAAUUUCCAACCAUAUUAAGUCGGCCUCUAGUUUGUGUUUUGUUUAUUUUAUUUAAAAUAACUCAUUGCAGUACUCUGCUUCAACAGAAAAAGGCUGUUAAGCCACAACCUCCAUGUAUAAGCAACCACCACUGCCAAAUGUAUUUUAUCUCUAGCAAUAGAAGUGCAGGUCUCUUUGUUUUGUUUCUGUUAUCCAAACACAUACGUGAAAUAGGCCUGUACUAAAACAUAAAACGUUUAUACAUGAACAGUUUACAGGUGUAGGCCUAUUACUUAGGGGGAAGUGUAGCUCUGUUCUAAGCAGAAGUAGCUAAAGACUGUGGCACUGAUGUGGAUUGGUACUGGCAGCAUUGGCAAUCUUGGCCACGAUCUAAACAUAUGAUGAAGUGGAGGCAAGAAAAAUACCAAAUCUAUGGUUUACCGAAGGAAAAGAAAUUGAUGUUAAACACGGUUUACAUUAUUUAUCACUACGAAUGAUGGAAAGAUUUUAAAGAAUCUAUUUUUCCAGAGCCAUAUGAAGUGCUUGGGAAUGGCUUAUCUGUGUAAUGAUUGUUCACGUAGACUGAGGGCUCGUUCAAAAUGUUCGAAAGGCUUAUCUUUUUCUGGUCAUGUUUCACUGGUUUUCUAGGUUUUUUUGUGUGUGGUGCCAAAAAAUGCCAGGGAAUUUUCUUUGUUCUCUCUUUUUGUUACUGUUUUUUGUUUGUUUAUUACUUUUCGUGUCUGCUUUGAACAUGUCGGAGCUCAUUUUGUAGUAACGACUUCACCCACAAUGGUGGCAGUGCGAGGGAGGAGGCCGAGCGGAGGGAACAGAUCCCCGUCUGUCUCGGACAUCAUCAUUAGUAGAACUCCUGACAGAGCCGGACCGGGAGACGGGGGGGGGGAGGUAUAGUGGAAUGUGACUGGGCGUAAUGGACAGUUCCAAACGCUAUGUGGUUCUGUGGAAGUGUCGCAAACCAAACGCGGGGCUCUAAGCUCUGGGGUCUAGCCUGCGACUGUUUUUAUAUGUAAAUUGUAAUAUACUUGAAUCAUUUGACUCAUUUAACACUGCUUAGAUUUUAACGGCAAAGUAGUGCUAAAUGCAAGAAUUGUCUCAUUAAUAAAUUUUUGCGUAUUCUUAAUAAAAAAAAACAUUGUUUGCAA